AUGCCUCCUCCACAACAGCUACCUGAUAGGGCUACGCCACGUAGCCGAACGAGAAUUCUAGCCGAUCCCAUCUUCCACAGAGCCUUUUCGUUCAACCCCACUCCUCCAACCCACCGUGGUUUCCCGACCAGCGGCGGCAACCCGAUCCACAACAACAGCACCCCGACGAACGACGACAUCGCCGAGCUUACCAUCCGCGACAUCGAGAACUUCACCCUUUCCUACCUCCGCAACGAAUACUCCCCCCGCCCCUUCGACCACGGCCCCGUCCGCGCUCACAACCCCGCCGCCACCCCCAUCACCGGGGCAUCAUCGCACACCCUCCUCAACAACCUCCCCACCACCACCACAUCCUCCCCCUCACCCGGCCGCACCAUGCCCGCCAACCCCACCCGCUGGGCCGCCAUCGGCCGGUGCCUGCGCUCCCACGACCCCACCACCAACACGCCGACAGCCGCGACCCUCGCCACCGCCGCCACCAACCCCUCCACGCGCCGCGCCCUCGGCGACAGCGCCCAGCUGCGGACGCACCUCGUCGCGCGGCGCGCGCCGCUCGCGUCGAUCGAGCAGCUCGAGGCGGCGGUCAAGGACUUUUCGCGCCUCGGCCGCUUCAGCCGCGUGCGCACCAAGCUCGCGCGCGCCGGCGCCUUCGCCGCGCUCGCCGCCCGCCUGCUGCGCGACCAGGCGCUGCUGGGUGCGCUGUGGCCGCCGCCGGGUCCGCUCGUCUUGCCGCGCGAUCCCGUCGCGAGGGCGGGGCGGGACCUCCAGGCGGCGGGGGCGGAGGUGUUUGUGCGCGUCGACGCGCUGGAUGAUUAUGUGGUGAGGGGGUGGGCGGUGUGGAAGUGUAGGUGGUCGGCUGGUCGGGGUGUUGGCGGGUUGAUGGGGAAGAAGAAGAGGACGACGACGACGACGACGCCGCUGGGUGCGCUGCGCGUCGGUGGGCAGAGGCUGCAUGCGUUGCAGAUCGCGGAGAACCCGGCGGGUGCGUGCUGGGGGCAUACGCAUCGCGAGUACAUGGCUGCGGACGAUUUGCUGGAUAUCGGCAGGGGGGAGAGGCUGGUCCGGAAGAUUGAGUUCACGCGCGAGUGCAACGAUUGCGGCGUCAAGCACCGCCAUGAGGUGCAGCUGGUUGUUGGACCUGGCGAGGAGAUGCCGAGGGAGGGCGAGCUGCCGGCUUAUGACGACCUGGAGCCGCUACAAGAACAACAGCAGGAGCAGAUGGAGGAGGAGGAUGAGGUUGCAGAGCUGUAUGCGCAGGCUGAGGCCGAGGCGCAGGAGCAGGAGCGGAUCCAGGCGGCCGUCCGGUACGAGGCUGGCUACGCGUCCGAUGCUGAGUCUAGCAGCGGCGUGGAGUCCGGUGUCGAUGACGAGACGGACUCUGAUCUUGGAUUUGAGUUCGAAUCUGAGCUCGAGGCGGAGAGUCUACGACCGUUGCCGCUGAUCAUUCCGCGUGCGAUCCUCCCGAAGCCCUAA